AUGGCAAAUCUACCCUUCAAGUUGAACAAUCCUGAAUUGUUCCGUGACAAGGCUCUUGUUGGGGGCAACUGGAUCGACAGCAAGACGAGCAAACGUUUCGAUGUCGUCGAUCCCGGCAAUGGCAAGGUCUGGGCCACGGCUCCAGACAUGGGUCCUGACGAUGUCGACGAUGCACUGAAGGCAUCACACGCUGCGUUCCAGGAUUACCGGAAGGUCAACCCAAGAACAAGAGCACAGUGGCUGCUGAAGUGGGACCAACUCAUUCGCGAGAACCGAGACGACCUGGCUCAGAUCGUGACCUACGAAUGCGGAAAGCCCAUCUUCGAAUCCCAAGGAGAGCUGGAUUAUGCUCUUGGCUUCACAUGGUGGUUUGCAGGCGAGGCUGAAAGAGUCCAGGGAACGAUGCAGGUUCCAGCGGCACCAGGUCGACGAGUGUUCACCGUCAAGCAGCCCAUUGGUGUGGCUGUAGCCUUGGUCCCAUGGAACUUCCCCAUCGCUAUGAUCUUGCGAAAGGCAGGAGCUGCAUUGGCUGCUGGUUGUACCAUGAUCGUCAAGCCCUCUCCAGAGACCCCAUUCUCUGUUGGAGCGCUGGCAUAUCUCGCAGAGAAGGCAGGCUUCCCCAAGGGAGUGUUCAGUGUCAUGCCGACUAGCCUCGAAACCACACCAGCUCUCAGCGAAUCUCUCUGCCGACACCCCCUGACCAAGAAGGUGACUUUCACUGGCAGCACCCGAGUCGGAAAGCUCGUAGCGAAGAUUUGCAGCGACGGCCUCAAAAAGUGCACUUUGGAGCUUGGUGGUAACUGCCCGUUCCUCGUCUUUGAUGAUGCGGACCUGGAACAAGCAGCAACUCAGCUCAUGGCUCUCAAAUGGCGACACGCCGGUCAAGCAUGUAUCACCGCGAAUCGAGUAUAUGUCCAGAAGGGAGUGUAUGAAAAGUUCACCCAAAUCCUUUCAGCCAAGACGAAAGAGCUUGUCGUCGGACACGGAGCCGAUAAGAAGACCACAAUGGGCCCAGUCACCACCGAUCGUAGUUUGGACAAGGCGGCUGCCCAGGUCGAAGAUGCGCAGAAGAAUGGCGGAAAAGUCUUGUUGGGAGGCAAGAAGCUGCACGGUACACCGGGAUACGACGGAUACUUCUUCGAGCCCACGGUCAUCACUGGCGCGAAAGACUCCAUGUUGAUCGCCCGGGAGGAGACGUUUGCGCCUGUCAUGGCUCUGUUUGAGUUCGAUACCGAGGAAGAGGCCGUCCAAAGAGCGAACGACACCAGUAUGGGUUUGGCCAGCUACUUCUUCACGAAGAACGUAGACCGGACCUGGAGGCUGCUGGAAAACCUGGAGGCUGGCAUGAUCGGAAUGAACACUGGCAACUCUUCAGCCGCUGAGUCACCGUUCGGCGGUAUCAAGGAGUCCGGAUAUGGCAAGGAAUCCGGCAAGGACGUGGCCAUCCAGGAGUACAUGAUUACCAAGACUGGCACCUUGACGCUAUCCGACCACUACUAG